AGAAUAAAUGAAAUAACCAAUAAAAUAUCAUUGUUUAAGCUUUUUGGAGAGGGAAAUGUUCUACUUUAAUUGCAGGAGCUGAGAGGUUAAUUCAAAUAUAUAUAAUAAAUAGCUAGUCAAAUGCAUUUAACUUUUAAAUAAUUAUAAUUUGUGAGGAGUUUGUGGAGUUUAUACCAAAAACUUGCUCACAACAAACUGAGCAAAAUGGAUGCUGUUAGCAUGCUUAACUUCCUCAUUUCUAAUUUUAUCAACGACAUACGUAUAUGUCAAGCUUUAGUACCUCUACAAAGGCACAUGCACACAUAAACACAAACAAACAAACAGACAGAGAAUGUUCAAGCCUCUCUUCCUCUGCUGGAGCAGAUUAUCACCUGCUGACCUGACCUGAGGUCAAGAGAGGAAGUGAUGACUUUCAGUGACGUGUAAACUGGGUCAAGUCCUGGUGGAGGUAGAAAAGAAUACCUCCUCACACACUAGACUGUGGGGUUGUUUAUCUCAAAGGGGAUCAAAUAUCCCGGAUGCUUUAACUUAAUAGUGCCAUGUGUUGUUUCAGAUUGAAAGUGUUGUUGUUUUUGGACCAUUUGAUGUAAAGCAGAUGCAAAGACAAAGUCUAAAUGACCAGAGGAUAUGCAUAAAAAAGGUUAUUUAAAAUGUAUUGAUGAGAUUUGACCUCAACUGAUUUGUUUCUGAAGGGAUAUAUUCACACAUUUGGAAACAAACGUUUUUAGUUUGCUUGUUUUCUCAUUAAAUGAGUCUACCAGUUCUAGGGAUCAUUUUUAGAUCAUUAUUUUUAAAUAAUUCCAUUGAAGAUGUUUUUCUCUCUCUCUCAGCUGCCACAAGUGUACUAAAAGAAGGUCAUGCUGUUAUCUGACCGAGAUAAUGUAUUAGUAGUUCCUUUGUAACCUGUUUAAUUCAUUACUGCAGAGUCUCACCGAGCAACAAGCAGUGCUAAACGAAUGAAUCGUUCUUCUGCCUUCAAAGAGGAUUAGCGCUCCUUCUGCUUAGCUUAGUUACUUUAAAUUAGGAUAAAGGACGGGACAGGUCUGCAGUGUACAGCAACCAUCUGUCUGCCAAGUGCAUGCUCAAGGAGUGGACGCUCACUGCUGCUGCUGCUGCUGCUGCUGCUGCUGUAAAUGGAGACAAGUCUGCAGUUAGAUGUUUUGAUAUAUCCAAAUGAAGUGAGGAUUGCUACCCCGGAGGAGCUCAGAGAAUGGGAACUUGAGACUGCGAGUCAGGUGUCUAUACCUACUGUCCGACUCUUUGUAGCACUGUAUCCAUACAACCCUGCUGCCAUGUCGCCCAACUAUGAGACAGCUGCUGAAGAGCUGCCGUUUGUACCAGGCCAGAUAAUCAAGGUGAGGGGAGACAAAGACUGUGAUGGCUUUUAUCACGGUGAGUCCGGUGGUCUCUGUGGCUACGUGCCAAGCAACAUGGUGACUGAAAUCCCCGUCGACGACGAGUACCUGAAGCAUCUACUCCUGCAGCAGGGGUUCCUGCCCGUGGAACGCACAGGUACAAACCCUCUGUUUCUGCAGGACACUGUGCUUUAAACAAACACUAGAGUUCAUAUACAGAGUAUAUCCCUGAAAAUCAGCUUAAAAAAUGUUUUCUAAACCUGAAGGGGAAAAAGGCUCAGAGAUCACAUUUGACUGGCUGAAUGCAUGGAGUAUGUAGUGUAAAAGAAAAGUCAAACACAAAUCUUGAAUCUUAAUUAAAUUUAUUUGGAUCAAACCUAUAGGAAAUACAGCUUAAAGGGCUUUACAAUGAUGAAAUGAAUGCACAUGAAAACAGGAAGAAUAAACAUUAAAACAAGGAUGGAGGGAGAAGCAAAUAACAGAGGAUGUAAAACCCACUCAAUUAAAAAAGUACAAGUAUGCCAAAAUGAGGAUAAAAUAGAAUCCGUAACUUAAGAAGGUUAAUUUACACUAAUUUGAGAUCAAUAAAUAUAGAAAUAAGACUACACUGUAAAUGAAAGCCUUUUUUGUCCACAGGUAUGUAUACACCAGCUCUAAGCGACACCUCCAGUAUCCCUGAUGAUGCAAUCGUUCGACGCAUGGUGGCCUUAUUCGACUAUGACCCAUGGGAAAGUUCACCCAAUGUGGACAGUGAAGUGAGCACCAAAAUGAACCGUAGUUUAUAGGAAUCAACAACUUUAUACAACCCAGUGCUAUGUUAGUGUUCAGAACUUUAUUUUUUAUUUUUUGUAAUCGUUUUGUGUCUGAAGGUUGAGCUCGGCUUUCGUACGGGCGACAUCAUUUAUGUAAUGGGCGAAAUGGACCCAGAUGGAUUUUUCUAUGUGAGUUCAUCUCUACGAUUACAACACAGCCACUGUCUGCUGCUUCGUUCUGGCAUUGACUUAAAUAUUUUGUGUCAUUUUUAGGGGGACCUGCAUGGACGACGAGGUUUGGUUCCAUCCAACUACCUUGAGCCGUUACCCUGGAAUUAGAAAAAAACACUUUCUGCAAAUGCCAAGUCUCAGACACAUUGAGAGAUCAAAA